AUGGCGUAUCUCUUUCGGACAACGGCACUCGGUGCAUUUGCACGACUAAUUACCGGGAACAAGGUCAUGGCAUUUCCAAGCAAAAAGCAUGAGUACUGCACUGGCGAGGACUCCAGCUUCGCUGAAAACCAAGAGGGAAAUGAGGAACCUUGGAUUCCAGUGACAUGGGUGUCCGAUGAGGAUAUAGAAAGCCCUCAUAACUGGUCGACAACAAGAAAAGUGUUGGUAGCGUUCCUCAUAUGCAUCUACACAUUCACGGUAUACUGCGGAUCCUCAAUAUACGUCCCGAGCGAAGAGCAGGUAAUGGAGGAGUUUGGGGUUUCCGCGGCCGUCGCCUCCCUUGGCCUUGCUCUCUACGUGCUGGGGUAUGGCAUCGGACCCCUCCUCUUCUCUCCUCUGAGUGAAAUUCCGCAUAUUGGCCGGAACCCCGUCUACAUCAUCACAUUCGGCAUCUUCAUUGUCCUGUCGGCUAUAGCCGCGAUAUGCAAAAGCUUUCCGGGGUUUCUUGUCGUGCGCUUUUUGCAAGGCUUCUUCGGUAGUCCCUGUUUGGCGACUGGGGCAGCGUCCCUGAGUGAUAUGUUUUCCGUCAUAUAUAUGCCUUACACUCUGGCAGCUUGGUCUGGUGCUAUGUACUGUGGCCCUGCUCUUGGCCCGUUGUUGUCUGGAUUCUCCGUAUCUAUUAAAGGUUGGCGCUGGUCUAUGUGGGAGAUAGUCUGGCUGGCGGGCUUUGUCUUUGUUCUGCUUGUAUUGUUUCUUCCGGAGACAUCGGCGCCUACGCUACUGUUCUACAAGGCUAAACGUCUCCGGCAAGAGACCGGUUCGGACCGAUUCGUUACCAUCGAGUCCCUACGGUCCAAGGCCGUGUCGCGCAGUCAACUAGUAAAGCUUGCGCUUAUCAAGCCUUUCGAGAUCACCCUCAAGGACCCGGCAAUUGCGUUUGCAAAUUUUUAUACCUCUCUUACAUACGGUGUCUACUACUCCUUUUUCGAAGUAAUUCCUAUUGUAUAUCCCAAAGAAUACGGCUUCAAUGUUGGCGAGACUAGCGCCGUCUUUACCUGCGUCCUCAUCGCAUGCAUCAUCGGCGCAACUUGGUACUGCACCUGGUACCGUGUCUUCGUCCAGCGCGGCUUCGAGCGCCUCGACACUUUCGACGUCCAGGAGACCUUUCUACGCCCCGGUCUUGUGGGAGUGUUAGGUGUUCCAAUCGGCAUGUUUCUCUUCGGAUGGGCGGCUCGUGCAUCAGUUCCCUGGCCUGUGCCCACACUCGGCGUCGUCAUCUUUUGCGGGUGCUCCUUUGUUGUUGGAUUGGGCAUCUUCCUACACCUCCCGUUGAGCUACCCGGAGUACGCGGCGAGCCUGUUUGCAGCCAACGACGCGCUACGAAGCUCAUUUGCGGCCGGUGCGGUGCUUUUUGGGCGACCGCUGUAUUUAAACCUAGGAGUAGGGAAGGGUUGUACAUUGCUUGGAGGGUUAAGCAUCCCCCUGGUGGUAGGAUUUUGGUAUUUGUUCAUGUAUGGGGACAAGUUGAGGAAGAAGAGCAAGUUUACAGUCCAUGUGUAA